AUGGGUAUUGACGUGAAGGAAACAUGCGCAAUAAUAUGGAAAGUUAUUGGAUUCUCGAUGAGCACAAGCAUCAAAUUCAUGAGAAACCACCCAAUCUUGUCUCUGGUUUCCAUGUUCUUACUCGCGUUAUACAUUCUCCUCCCUUCCUUGUUGUUCUUCUUGAUAUACUCGUCUCCGGUUCUUGCAUGUGUUGUAGUGUACGCCCGAGAGAAACUGGGAUUGAGAUUUUCCGGUUCCUCUUCGGGGCCAGAGAAUUGUGAAGGAGAAAAGAAAGGUGGUAGAUGUCACUUAAGACAACAAAGAAGUGUCCGAAGAAACGCUCGAAUGAGGGUUGAGGAAUGGGAUUCACAAACAAGCGACGAAGAGAAGGACAAAGUUAUCUUGACCUCUCUUUACAACGAUCUCCUCGGACGUACACCACAAUUCGAGGAGUCUCCAAAAGCAAUAGAAACCAACGUAGUAGAAGAAGAGAAAGAUAAGGCUUUUGCUGAAGAAGAUUCAAGAAUGUCUUCUCAAGAUUUGGGUUAUCUUAACGUUGAAGAAGAGCCAAUGGUUUGCAACUGUGAGGUCAAUGAAGAGAAACAUGAUGAUAAAGAAGAGACGAUAAGCAAUGUGAACGAGCAUGGGAUCUCAGAGGUUGAGAGAAACAAGAGACUAGAGAGUCUAAUUGCUAGAAGAAGGACAAGACGACUCUUUAAACUAGCUUUAGAUCAACAUAAUAAGCUUCAAGCUGAAGAGACAACCAGCCCUACACAGAACAACAACCUUCACAUUACGGUUCCAAGGAACAAUAACAACAACAGUUUUGAAAAACGUAGAAGUUAUCAAUCAGGUUUGCAAGUUCCAGGGUCAGCGCCUUCUGUGAUGUUACAAGCGAGAAGCCCUUUCGAUAUUCCUUAUGAUCCUCAAGAGGAAAGACCUAAUCUAACUGGAGAUAGCUUUGAUCAAGAGUUUUCAUUUUUUAACCCUAAUGAUAUGUUCCUUUGUCGUCAUGAGAGUUUCUGCAGUUUUGCUCAUUUUUCUCCAGAACAUGCUCAGUGUAUGAACAGCCCAGUUCCUGCUUCAGACAUUUCCACUACUAGAAAACUUUUAGAUUUGGACAAUGAAUAUAUGGAUCAUAAUGAACAAAACAUCCCAUGCUACGUCAAACCAGUCACAACAAAGGAUGAUAAGAGCGGGAAAAAUGGAGACGUGGAAGUUAAUCAUGAGACAGAUACGAGUGAAGAAGAUGAUGAUACCUCAAGUUGUUCAGAAGAGAGUGAGGCAGAACUCAACCGUUUCAACAAAGCAGAGCUCAGAGAAGCUAUAAGCCACUCAAUGGAUAAGUUUCCUGGGUUUCUUGUGAAUCAAGCAAGAAACGACAUCCCAAGCCCAUUACCUAGAGGCUUAUUAGCGCCAAGACUCGAUGAUAACAACAUGUUUUAUGCUCGCAGAGGCGCAAGUUCUCACAACCGAACAUUCUCCAUUGCCUCAGAUAUGCAAGUUGAGGUUUCAGAGCUAGGUUCACCUCCUACGACGGUUGAUUGGCUUGAUGACUGGUCUAACGGUGGAGAAUCAUACACGUAUGAUACUGAUAUUGAUAGAGAAAUCAUCCGCGGUGAAGAAUCACGUAAGAGGGUCUCUCAGCAAUGUGAAUCAAGAAGUGGAACUGGAACAAAAGAGGAUGAUAAUGGGCUAGUGACUAAACCAUAUCAGAAAUGUUUGUCAGAUGAACACCUUGGGACCGCUGAUGAGAUGUCUUUGUUAGAUAGAAGAAGCCAAACCAGAGAGAAUUUUGAGAUGAGACCUUCUCGUUCAAGUGAUGUGCCCAAGUCUAGAAGCUAUGGAAAAUUAGAUGGUUUGUUGUUCCAUACGAGUGUGUCCUUGUCUUCUAUAACAGAAGAACCUGAAACAAUCUUGGACUCGGUCGAUGCAAGAAACACAGAGAAUAUGAACGGCUUGACCAAAGAGUUAACUGACCAGAUAUUUCCAACUUCUACGGAUUCAUCCAUGAAGAACUUGGUUGAUGAAGAAGUUGUUGAUGUUCAACAGUUAGAACAUGAUGAUCUUUGUGGACCUCCUAAGAUUAUGGAUUCAAAUAUCAUUGAUCACCAGCAGAAAGACCAAACUUUGAAUAUAAUUCAAGGAGAACAUGAUACAGAGGAGAACGCAAAGCCAAAGGAAUAUGCGGCAUCUCAGAGCGUCUUGGAUGCUUCUUUAACCUCUCCUUAUGUAGAAUCAUUUGAAAUAGAGAUAAGAGAAGAAGAGCCAGACUUAGAUAAUUCUACAAAGGAGGUAACACAACAAAGAGAAGAUGAGGCACUUCAAGGUGACUUGAUGAGUUCUCCGAAAUUACAAGAGAGUGUAGUCAUGGAAGAGAAUGGUCAGGAGUUAGUCAAAAAUUCUGAUGAGAAUGUAAAGCCAAUGGAGCAAGAGGAAACUCAUGACGUCUUGGACGCAUUUUUAAUCCAUCCUUGCACACAAUUGUCUGAAGAAUAUGGUAAUGCAAAAAAUGAUAGUGAUGUGAUACUUAUACAAGUUCAGGAUGGUAAUAACUCAACAUUGGAUGACUCAACUGAUCAGCAAUUCUCUAAAGAAGGAGAAAGUUCAGGGUUAUUGAAAGAUCUUCAUGCUGAAUCGACCCAAGAAAGCAACAAUAUAGUUAACAUUGAGGAAGAAUCAAUAGGUUCAGAAGACGCUCCUAAUUCACAACCAUGGACUCAACAGGUUUAA